AUGGCAUUCCAGGAGUACUACAAGUCGUUGGUCCUUACUUUCGGAGCCUCAGUCGGCGAUCAACGCGACAUGCACAGUCAAGAAGUCAUCAUUAACAGCACUAUAAAACCUGCAAUCGAGGCUUGGGAGAAGCAACUUGGAGUCAAACGAUUCCCUGAUGUUCAUGCAUUCUUCAUCUCCUCUGUAUUCGAUUGGUCAUUUCCGACACCUGCCACGGAGAUGGUUUUCCCGCCGUAUACUCCAGAACGAGCAACCUACGGGUUCAAUGAGUGCAAAAACUUGGGUCGCCAAAUGGAAGAGUGCAAAGAUGAGGGCCCUGAGAACCUGAUCCUGACCUUGGAGUAUGAGCGAGAAUGGCUGUAUAUCUGGAUUCAGGUUGUAGAUUUCGAGAUGGGAAUCUGCUCUGUCCAUUGCAAGCGCUUCAUUCGGGAACCGGGAGAAAGGUAUCAAGAAUUUCUGGAUGAAAUGGAUGCCCGAUUCUACAAGCGCCAGGAUGUUCGCGCAAUCAUUGUUGCUGGCGAAGCUUCUGUGUCAGGAAGCUUCAAUCUCGCAAAACUCGCACGGGGUGUUGUUGGGAUAGACAUGGCUAGGAUCAUGACGGAAAUCCCCAAUUCUGAGGUCGUGUCCAGGGGUGCAACAGCGUGGGCUCGAAGGACGGCGGCCCACCCACGGCGUUUCAUUGUUCAACAAGGCAAUUAUCCGUCUGCGCAUGAGCGUGAUGAGCAUGAUGAGUUGUAG